GUGGAAGUCUGUUUCUUCAGAGGACGCUUUUUAAAAAGAAAUUUCCAAGAAAUUUCUGUGCAUGGUUGUUCUCAGACUUCUCUAUGCUAUGGCAGUUAUAUUUUAGAAUGUGAUUGAGGUUAUAAUGCCGAUAACAGAAAUGUUAUUUACAAUCGAGAAAUAUGCAAUUCGAUUGUCUUCGCGAUUUCUGCGACGAUGUUUUUCAAAAAACGUCGACGUGCUGUCGACCGACGCGGAAGAAUUGAUGUUGCAUCGCAACCACAAUUUCAUAUCUGUAAGUCGAGAAGAUGAAAAAUGUCUGAAUAUUGCUAUUCUGGGUGCACCUAAUGUUGGGAAAAGCACACUUGUCAAUCAGCUCAUCAAGAGAUCGGUGUGUGCAAUAUCCUGUAAGGUACAUACCACACAGGCUAAGGCAGAUGCAAUUUACUCAGAAAACAAUACACAGUUGAUAUUUAUGGACACACCUGGAAUGGUAUCUCCGGGUGAAUUAAAACGAUUCAAGUUAGCUAAGAGUUUUGAAAGAGACCCUAAUGCUUCUUUGAAGACAGCAGAUAUCAUAGGACUUGUGCAAGAUGUUGAUAAUACAUUUGCUAGAGACAAAAUUAACCCAAAUAUAUUUAAGUUGUUGAAGAAUAUGGAAGAUAAAAUUCCUAUGAUUCUAAUAUUUAACAAAGUGGACAGGUUGAAGAAGAAGAAUACAUUGUUAGACCUCGCAAAAGUUCUAACCAAGUCUAAGAAUUCUCUGAAAUUCACAGAUGUGUUCAUGAUAUCAGCUCUAACCGGAGAUGGUGUUGACGACUUAAGGACUUACUUGUUGGACUCGGCCAAGCCGCGAAAAUGGCAUUACGAAGAACAUAUCUAUAGUAAUCAGACGUGUGAGGACAUAAUACAGCAGACAGUACGGGCAAAGUUGCUGGAUAAUCUGCCGCAGGAGAUGCCAUACAAUAUGCAAGUGAAACUGGAGCACUUUGAUCCCGGCCCAGACGACAGCGUCAGUACCUUGGUAUCUGUCACGUGUCCCAACAAGCGCAUCUGCAGCAUUUUGUUCAGACGCAAGGGUGAGAGACUUAGAAACAUCGCACUUAUGGCCGAGCAGGAAUUGAGACAUGCUUUUCGAACGCCAGUAAAGUUGAAGAUAAACGUACAGUCCGCGACAUAAUUCGCUCUUGUUUUAAUUUAUUUUUAAGUAACGGAUCUUAAAGAAAUUCUUUUGUAAAUAUUAGAUCGGUUACGAAAGGUGUGAAGCAAAUAAAGACAUUGAAAAUCAA